CAAGAUGGGCUUUCCCUGGGCCUUCCUACUUGUGCUCCUCUAUUACGGGCAGCCCUUGCCGUGGCCCAAGACUAUGGGAGAGCCAAGCUUAGAUGAGUUCUACAGUGAAGCCCAAGCAAAGAUGUUCCUGCAGUUUUAUGAGCAAACAGCCCGAGUUGUGUUGAACGAGCUCAUGGAGGCCACUUGGAACUAUGUCACCAAUAUCACCAAGCAAAAUCAAGAGAACAUGCUGCAGAAGGAGGUGGAGAGGUCCCAGUUCAUGUUGUACUUUGGCACCCGGGCCCGCAUGUUUAGGAUAGACCAUUUCCAGGACCUGGACGUGAAGCGCAGGCUGAGUAAGCUGCGGAACAUAGACAAGUCGGCCUUGCCCGUGGAGGAUUUCCAGGAGUUCAACAGACUUCUUACCUACAUGAAGACAGCAUACGGUAGAGCUGAGGUGUGCCUGGAUGAGGGUCCAUGCAUGCCCCUGGAACCUGACCUCGAAGAAAUCAUGGCCACCUCCAGGGACCAGAAGGAGCUGCUGUGGGCCUGGCAGGGCUGGCGGGAUGCCAUUGGUCGGCAACUCCGCCCUGUCUUUGAGGACUACGUACAUCUCAGCAACAAGGCUGCGCAGUAUAAUGGGUACAAAGACAUGGGGGCUUUAUGGCGAUCCAAGUAUGAGUCUGAUACCUUGGAGGAAGACCUGGAACAGCUCUAUAAGGAGCUGCAGCCGCUCUACCUGAACCUUCACGCCUACGUGCGCCGCUCACUGUACCGCUAUUACGGGCCUGAGCUCAUUGACCUGCGGGGGCCCAUCCCUGCUCACCUCCUGGGGAACAUGUGGGCUCAGUCCUGGAACAAUAUCCUAGAUCUGGUCCUGCCCUAUCCAAAUAAACCUCCUGAGGACAUCACAAAGAUCAUGAAGAAUCAGCACUGGAGGCCUGAGAAGAUGUUCGAAGAGGCUAAUUUAUUCUUUACCUCCAUGGGAAUGCUGCCCGCCCCACCUGCUUUCUGGAUGAAAUCUAUGAUGGAGAAGCCAGUUGACGGGCGGGAAGUGGAGUGCCACACCUCAUCCUGGAACUUCUAUAGGCUCAAUGACUUCAGGGUAAAGAAGUGCACCGAGGUGACCAUAGGAGACCUGCUCUCCAUCUUCCACCAGAUGGGCCACAUCCAGUACUUCUUGCAGUGCCAGAACCUCUCUAUAAUCUACCAAGAAGGCGCCAGCCCAGCCUUCGAAGAGGCCGUGGGGUCAACGAUCACCCUCUCAGCCUUCUCCCACAAGUACCUGCUCACCAGAGGUCUGCUCAGCCAACAGCACCAGGAUUCAGAGGAGGAGGUCAACUUCCUGUUGAGCAUCGCCCUGGAGAAGAUCGCCUUCAUCCCCUUCGGCUACAUGAUUGACCUGUUCCGUUGGAAGGUCUUUGACGGCACUAUUCAGAAGAACGCCUACAACCAGGAGUGGUGGAGCCUCAGGUUGAAGUACCAAGGCCUGUGCCCGCCUGUCCCCCGGUCAGAAGAUGAUUUUGACCCAGGUGCCAAGUUCCACAUCCCUGCCAAUAUGCCCUACAUCCGGUACUUCCUCAGCCUGGUGCUGCAGUUUCAACUCCAUGAAGUACUGUGCAGGGCCUCAGGCCACGUGGGUCCUCUGCACCGGUGCGAUAUCUAUAACUCCAAGGUGGCAGGGAAGAUUCUGGGGGAUUUCCUGAAGGUGGGCUCCAGCCGGCCCUGGCAGGAGGUCCUAAAGGAGAUAACUGGAAAGCCCAACAUAUCCUCCAAGGCCCUCUUGACCUACUUCAAGCCGCUGCUGAACUGGCUGGUGACUGAAAACGUGAAGCAAGGGGACAUCCUUGGCUGGCCAGACUUCAGCUGCUCUUUUGAAGAAAAAAUCACAAAGAAAAUGUCAUUUCUGGGUAUGAAGAUGGAGCCUGACCAGGCAUACCUGGGGCAGUGGGUGUUGCUAAGCAUGAGUUUUAUCAUGCUCUGCCUCAUCCUGGCACUGGGCCUCAGGUUGCACUACUUGGAAAGACGGUCACUGGACAGCGACACUGUGAUACUUAGCACCCCUCCCUAUGCCUACUUCCUGGGCAUAGCGAUGGAACCCCGCCAGGCGGCCCGGAAACAGUGGCUCCUACUGGGCCUCUGCUUCGUCCUUAUGCUGUGCUGUAUUGGUCUCCUCAUUACGAUAUUCAUACACCGCACCAGGAAGCCUCCAUGGAUGAAAGCUGAAUGGCAGAGCUGAGAGGAGCCACCAUGGAGACUGGAGACCGCCCUUGGCAGCCCUCUCAUCUCUCAGCCACUGUGGCCGAGGUCCCCCACCAGGUAUUGUGACUCUGCGUGGCAAGGGCACAUCCAGCCCAGGACUCCAAGCCUCUCACCAGGACUACAGCAGAAGCUUCACUGAGUCUCCUUGGCCACCUCCCUUCCCCCUGCCCCCGCACUUCCCCGGUUCACUUUGUAAAGUUUAUAUUUCUGCCAGAGUAUUUUCUUCAAAAUGCCUUCAAAUUUCCUCCCGAACAUCAAACUUCUUAAGAACUCCACUGUCCAUCGAUUAAAUCUGGACCUUUAUCUAG